UACGAUUGACAGCUGUGAGUUUAUUUAUCAUUUAUUGUCGUCUCUUAUCAAUCCAUGAGUAUCACUCGCAAUGAUGAGUAUUACACGGAACGUCGUCAACGUAAUACUCUACGCAGUAUGACGAAUGAUUUACCAGGAAAUUGUGCACGAGAAGGUCUACAGGCUGUUAUCUGCAAAUUUAGAUAAUUAAGAGAUGGAAGCAUUUUUUAAGCACAACAUUGUGUAAGAUACAUAUUUACGCACUAAAGAGUAAAAUACAGAAAGCAGGGCUUUGCUGUUUAGCAUAAUAUUAUUAAUACUCAACACAUGACAAGUGAUUGAAAAUCCAAAGAAAUCAUUGAAGGAAGUAAUAAAUAUGAAUGGGCCCACAAGAGACUUGCCAUGGGGCUUCCAAGCCUUGAAGUACAUGUUCAACAGUUGCUGUGAGCAUCGUCGCAUCAAUCGGAUGGCAUGGCAUCAAGGAGGGAUACUAGCGAUUACUUACUUAGCGUACACUUGUUACCACAUGACUCGGAAGCCAAUAUCUGUGGUGAAGAGUGUCCUGACUCACAAUUGCAGUAAUUUGUCGCCACCUCCGGAUAUUUCUGUGAAUGACAGCAACCGUGACACUUGGUGCGAUUGGGCUCCAUUUGAUACUGAGGAUGCACCAGCAUUGCUUGGUAUGUUGGACUCAGCGUUUCUGUUCACCUACGCAGUAGCUAUGUUUUUCAGUGGAUUUAUAGCGGAGAGAACGAAUCUGCGAUACUUUCUCUCCUUUGGGAUGCUCGCGUCAGGCAUAUCGUGCUACUUGUUUGGAAUCGCUAAAUCAUACAAUAUCCACAAUUUGUGGUACUUUAUUUUCGUGCAGGCAAUAGGUGGAGUCUUUCAAACUUCUGGUUGGCCUGGUGUGGUAACAGUUGUGGGGAAUUGGUUUGGAAAAAGCAAACGUGGCUUGAUCUACGGAAUAUGGAACUCUCAUACAUCUUUGGGAAACAUAUUAGGCAGUUUAAUCGCGGCCACGUACGUUGAAUCCGACUGGAGUCUGAGUUUCAUAGUGCCUGGCCUAAUAAUGGGAAUAAUAGGAUUCCUCGUCUUCCUGUUCUUAAUACCGAAUCCUAUCGACAUAGGAUGUAGUCCGCCCGCUGCUCUCGGAUAUCGGAAGAUCGACAACAGUUCAGACGAUGAUCAGACUGACAUAGCUUCCGAUACUCAUAAUAUCAACGAGGAUCGUCUCACCUAUCGCUGUGUCUACCGUGAACAACUGCCUAUCAACAGUUCAGUCGUUGAGCGAUCCGAGACCAGCCCGAUGCUAUCAGGACACCGUCGUAUCUAUUGUGCACCUCGCAAUAACGCGAUUGGCUUCAUGAGAGCCAUGAAGAUACCCGGUGUCAUCGAAUAUUCCUUAUCCUUGUUCUUCGCCAAGCUCGUUAGUUAUACAUUCCUGUACUGGUUACCAUUGUACAUUGAGGCUUCAACUAGUUACGGUGCAACCAUGAGCGCAAACUUGUCCACUCUGUUCGACAUAGGCGGUAUAAUAGGCGCCAUAGCAGCUGGUGUUCUUUCAGACUCCAGCGGCAUGAGUGCUGUGACAUGUACUGUGAUGUUUGGAUUCGCAUGUCCUGCGUUAUUUUUAUACAAUUAUGUUGGAAACACCACUCUAGGCGUCAACAUAGUAUUACUAUUAAUAGCUGGAAUACUAGUGAAUGGUCCUUAUGCCUUGAUAACGACCGCUGUGUCAGCCGAAUUAGGAACUCAUCCUAACUUGGGAGAAAACUCAAAGGCGUUAGCUACAGUGACAGCCAUCAUUGACGGAACUGGCAGCAUUGGUGCUGCGGUUGGUCCUCUAUUAGCAGGUUUAGUAUCUCGAUGGGCUAAAUGGAACAAUGUGUUUCAUAUGCUUAUGACCGCAGACUUGCUAGCCCUAUUGUUUUUGUCCAGAUUAGUUUAUCGAGAAGUAAAAUUACACAGGCAGAGACGAAGAGUUAUACAAAUGUAGACUUUUAAAUAGAACUUGUUAAAGCAAAUUUUUACCUAAAUAUGGAUUUCGCGCAUACAUCCUGGAUCUAUGUACUUAUAAUCUCGCUCAUAUUCUCUUAAAAGUGUACAAAAAUGUUGUACAGCAUUCCCAAAAAACAAAUGAAAUUGAAACAUACAAGAUAUUUAAAAAUGUACAAAAAA